AUGAAAAAGGAACGAGAAUCCUUAUCGCAAACGAAUGCAAAACAAACAAAUAGCAGUGAUGGCACAGAUGGAGGAAGUAACAAUGGUAAAUUGAAGAAAUCGAAAACGUCUGAUAGCCAUAAUAGCGUUGGAAAAGGGAUUAUUGAAAGUGCUAAUCGUCAGCAAGAAGGGAUAGGGACUGAGUUGGGAUCAAAACGGAUUAGUACUAAUACGAUGGAUGUGUGUAGCAGUAGCAACACGACUAAUAAGAAGAUAAAUCGGGUCCCACCUCCAGCAACUGCUCAACAGCUUCAACAGUUGCAAAUGCCCCAAAUCCCUCCUCCGAAGAAUGCGAUGAAGUUGCCACCACCCUCAAAUAACAAUAGUGCAGCAAUGUUACCGUUAGGAUCGCCGAGUGUUGGCAGUGAGAGUGCAUACGAUGACGAUGAUAUGGAACGUGAACAGGAAGAGGUAUUGGGAAGUGAUGACGAGGAGCAAGAAGAUCCAAAGGAUUAUCGAAAGGGUGGUUAUCAUCCAGUCGCAAUUGGAGAUGUCUUCAAUGGACGACGAUUGAAAAUGUGUGUGUUAUUAUUAGCCGUGCGCAGUGCGGACGAGGAGGAUUCAUUCCGCGAGCGUGUUGUGCAAUUACUUGAUGAAUUUUCGGUGACUGGUGUGAAUGGGACGCAUAUUUGUAUGGUUUUUGAGGUGCUGGGAUGUAAUUUAUUGAAAAUGAUAAUUCGAAGUAAUUAUCAAGGUCUCCCGCUGGAGCAUGUUCGAACGAUAACAAAGCAGGUGCUUGAAGGAUUACAGUAUUUGCAUGAAAAGGCGCAUAUUAUUCAUACGGAUAUUAAACCUGAGAACGUUCUUGUCACGUUAUCGCAUGAACAAGUGAAACAGGCUCAGUUAUAUGGAAAGCGUAUUUUGCAGAUAGCCGCAGAAGCGAUGAUAGCGGGUAAAAUGGGCUUUAAAAUGUCCGGUAGUGCUGUGAGCACAGCACCGUCACAUAUCGUCAAAAAGGUGGAAGAGGCGAUGUCAAAGAAUAAAAAGAAGAAAUUGAAGAAGAAACGAAAGAAGCAACGAGAAUUGUUGGAGCAACAAUUGAGUGAGAUGGAGGGUUUAGCGGUUGAUGUGCAGUCGUUGAAUGGCGUUUUAUCAUCACCAACAUCGAUUAAUUCAUUUCCAGGAGAUCGAUACAGGCAGUCAGGAGCAACUCAGCAGCAAUUGCUAGCAUCGAACAGAUAUUCGGUACCGCAGUUGAUGAGUAAUGCAGGUACGAACGGCACGAUGAGUGCGCGUUUGAAUGGGGCCGAGUUCGAUUUUGAGCAGGACGCUGAGGGCACAAUGGGAAGUGGUAGUGGUGGUGCAAGUAAAACGUUGAUGCGCACACAGAGUGCGAGAACGGCGAAUGCUGCUGACACGAAUAAUAUUGUCACUUCGGAGAUUACGGCUGAUUUGAAAGCCAAUUUCAGCAAUGAGAAACAGCAACAACAACAGCAGCAGCAGCAUUCUCUUUGUAAUCCAACAUAUAACACGGUUGAGGAUCAAACGGUACAAAUGGAUGAUGACUUGAGACCGACAGCGGCAAAACUUAAAGAAUUGGGUCUUGAGGGAUCAAAAUCGGACGGAAAGCAGAAAAUGAACGAUGGAGAGCAAAUCGAAAGGCUGUCUAUAUCACCACUAAGCGAGAACGACAACCUACAAAAUGCUGCAAGUAGCGAUAUUGAUGAGAUGGGAAGGCCGCGUUUUCUUCCUCGAAUCGAGUCAGAAACACGUUCAGAUGAUGAACAGGAGCAGUUUGACGAUAUGAACGCUACAGGUGGUGGGGUUAAGUUCUCAAUAGACAACAAUUCUUCGUAUCAAGGCAGUGGUCCGAACCUACCUUUUAAACGAAUUGAACCGGAUUACUUGAAUCCUGAUACCAUAAUCAACGUGAAAAUUGCUGAUUUGGGAAAUGCUUGCUGGACGCAUCAUCACUUCACAGAAGAUAUUCAAACACGUCAGUAUCGAAGUUUAGAGGUUUUAAUCGGUGCCGGUUAUGGGCCACCAGCUGAUAUUUGGAGUACUGCAUGUAUGGCAUUUGAAUUAGCGACAGGUGAUUAUUUGUUUGAGCCACACAGUGGUGAUACGUACUCACGAGAUGAGGAUCAUUUAGCGCAUAUAAUUGAAUUAUUGGGACCAAUACCACCGAAUGUUUUCAAAAAGGGUGCACAUUGGAGAGAAUUCUUUCAAAAGAAUGGACGUUUACUGCACAUUACCCAAUUGAAACCAUGGUCUCUGGUUGAAGUGUUAACGCAGAAGUAUGAUUGGCCCAUUGAAAGCGCUGGUCAGUUUGCCUCAUUCCUCAUACCAAUGCUUGCGUUCGAUCAAAACGAACGUGCCACUGCGCGUCAAUCGCUUAAACACGAUUGGCUGAAGCCGAAUGGUGGAAAACCGAAAAUUAAACCGAAUAAAGCCAAGAAAACAGUUUACAACAACAGUCAUAAUUUGAAUACAAUGCAUUCGACGUUGAAACAUAGUAAUACUCAGGAUGACGAUUCAUCAGAAGAGUGUAUUCUUGAUAGUGAUUGCAUUGAUGAGGAAGAUGAGGAUAAUAUCAGUGAUGCUGAACGUGAUCAACGCAAAGGCAAAGGAAAUGAGUUUAUUAUUAGCAGUGGUAUUGCUCGUACGGCUCCCGUUUCAUCAUCUCAAAUAAAUGAAUCUCAACGACGGUCAUUGAACGAUCGCGAAGUGUAA